ACAUCUGCACAAAAUGCACAAAGUCCAGUUUUUGAUUCUGAUAUCUGUGAAAAUAAACCAGCUUCGACUAGUCUACCAAAUGGCAGAGUAAUGCUUAUUGAUGGUACUUCUAUCAUAUACAGAGCAUAUUACAGGCUUAUUGGUAUGUAUAAAUAUAGAUUAAUCUUUUUGAAUCUGUUCGUUCUGUUUACUUGCUUGUGAAUGUUAUCCUGUGGUGUUCCAUUUUGCAUCCUUCAUUUAUCAUUAAUCACAGAGAAUGGAUACUUAAUGAAUAUAAUGUAGAGUAGAGAAAUGGAUGGAAAGAACGAGGACAACAAAUCAUUAACAUUACAAAGAUGUGAUGCUAAUAUAAAACAAAUCAUUAACAUUACAAAGAUGUGAUGCAAAUCUAGUUUAUAUUAGCCUCAGAGUAAAUUGUGGCUCAUUUAUGAUACCUAAGUGAACAAGUCCUUCAUCAGAGCAAUAAUGUGCAACUCGGUGUACGUAAAAUUUUACUUGUGCAGGUUCAUGUCAUAACUGGAUUUAUUUAUUCUCUAAUAUGUUAAAUUGCCGUAGCUUCUCUUUAAUAAUUUUUGAAAUUUGUAUGCAGCGUGUCUUUGAUUCCAAUCAGAUUGACUGUUUUCAUUUCUGGAUAUCUACAAAUAAUACCCAAUUUCAACUAUAUCAACUCACAAUAUUAAAUCUAGAGAGUAUAAUUAUCAGAAAAUUUUACAAUUUAAUUCCUUCCCAGCCAAUGGGAAAAGAAACUUCGCUUUGUAAGUGCAAUGUUUCUAUUGUGUGCCUCAAAGCAAGGUGGUGACAUUAUUUUUAAGGUUUUGUAUGUGUUUGAUUGAAACAAUUAAAGGUGAUUGUGCUAAAGUCUGUCUGUUUUGCCCUUUGAUUAAUUUCUGAUACUGAAACUGGCAGAGACACCCACUUGGAUAAAAUGGAAUUAAAAAAAAAAGUUAAGAAUAUCAAAUUAAAGUUUCCUUCUGUUCAGUAAUUUCCUUUGAUGUCGAACUAUCUAGCCGUAGCAUGGACACAGAAAAUUGGUGAUGUUACUCUAUCAGCAGGACAAAACCAAGGAAGUUGACCUCUCUGCAAAAUUGCACCAUGGUCAUCUUUCAAAUGCUGAUGGCAAUGGGGAUUGGGUGCUUACUAUUUUCAAUGCUUUAUCUCUAAUAAUUGAUGUCUUGGAGUUCAUCCCUUCUCAUGUAGCGGUGGUUUUUGACCAUGAUGGCGUCCCGUAUGGUCAUGUUUCAUCCGAACGAAGUUUUGUUGCUAAAGGCAUGAAUUUUCGGCACACACUAUAUCCUGCUUACAAAAGCAAUCGGAGUCCUACCCCUGACACUGUGGUUCAGGGGCUUCAAUACUUGAAAGCUUCCUUAAAGGCGAUGUCCAUCAAAGUAAUUGAGGUCCCAGGUGUUGAAGCUGACGAUGUUAUUGGGACCCUUGCUAUUAGAAGUGUUAAUGAUGGAUUCAAGGUACGUGUUGUGUCUCCAGAUAAAGAUUUUUUUCAGAUUUUAUCUCCUUCAUUGCGACUCCUGCGAAUUGCUCCUCGUGGCUUUGAGAUGUCUUCUUUUGGGCUCGAAGAUUUUGCUGAGAAAUAUGGAUCCUUGAAGCCAUCUCAAUUUGUUGAUGUAAUAGCACUUAUGGGUGACAGAUCUGAUAACAUACCAGGAGUUGAUGGAAUUGGAAAUGCACAUGCUGUUCAACUUAUUACAAAGUUUGGUUCACUGGAGAACUUGUUGGAUUGCGCUGACCAAGUUCAAGAGGACCGGAUAAGAAAGUCUUUGAUUGAGAGUUCCGAGCAAGCUAUUCUCAGCAAGAAUCUGGCUAUGCUACGUUCUGAUCUUCCAUUCUACAUGGUUCCAUUUGCCACUAAAGAUAUAGCUUUCAGUAAACCAGAGGAUGAUGGGGAGAAAUUCAAGAGCCUCCUGACAGCCAUUAGUGCCUACGCAGAAGGAUUUUCGGCAGACUCUAUAAUUAGGAGAACCUUAUCUUUGUGGAAGAAGAUAGAAAGCCAAUAGCAAUAGCAAUAGCAAUAGCAGCACCACACCAAUGCCUGCCUCCUCCUACAUUGGUCUUCAACAAUUUAGAAGGUGUCCGACGGACAGAAGCCGGAAACGACUAACUGAUUCUGGGGACAAAACAAACAGGUGAAAGAUAAUUUAUUUGCCUGUGGGUCGAAUCCAAAGGUGGUUUUACAAAGUGCAUAUUUGGCUGCUUUCUCUUGUAUAUUUAUUGUUAGUAUUAGUGCUACAUUACUGUGUGUGUGUUAAAUGACAAAGUGUAAGGUAAUUUAUUUUUAUCUGUUACUUGGAAUGAAUUUCAUUUAAUUGAAUUGCUUGCUUCUUGCUUA